AUGGCGCGUUCAGCACUUUUUGCCCUGCGCCGCAGCCAAUCAGCGCGCUCGCCGCCCCGUCCGGAGGAUUCUACCCUGGCGCGUCACAGCCAAUGGGGAGAGAGCAACCCGGGCCGCAUUUCGCGCGCGCUCUUGGCCGCCCCUGAGGCCGCGCUCUUUUGCAUCGCGUGCGCAACGGGAUGCGCGGAUCGCGCAAGUCACCCGUGUGGAAAGAAGAAGGAAAAGCUCCAGGCCAAGCUGAAUCACUGUUGGGGAGAAGCCUCUCUUCCAAAUGGGCAGACAAAAUGCGAUAAGGCAGCAGCAGCAGUCCGGGACUGGAUCCAGGACAGACGUCGGUUGGAAGAGGUGAAAAGAGGGGAGCAGGAUUCUCUCUCCCAAAUGGAAAACGUCUCCAUCUCACCCUUCGAGACCCAUUUCACCCCGGGGCCCAAGGAGAUCACCCCUUCUAUCCCGGACCACUCCCUGGGCAUCCAAAAGAGCCUGCAUCUCCUGUCCAUUGUGGUCUAUGGGGUGGCGUGUCUCCUCGGGGUGACCGGGAACGGCCUGGUCAUCUGGAUCGCCGGCUUCAAGAUGGAGAAGACGGUGAACGUGGUCUGGUUCCUCAACCUGGCGCUGGCCGAUUUUGUCUUCACCCUCUUCCUGCCCCUGAGCAUCACCUACACGGCCCUGGGCUUCCACUGGCCUUUUGGGAAGUUCCUCUGCAAGCUCAACAGCACCCUGGCCUUCCUCAACAUGUUCGCCAGCGUCUUCCUCCUGACCGUCAUCAGCCUGGACCGGUGCGUCUCAGUGGUCCAGCCGGUGUGGUCCAGGAACCACCGGACCCCCCGGCUGGCGUGGGGCAUCGUGCUGGCGACCUGGGUGGCCGCUUUGCUCAUCAGCUCCCCGUACUUCCUCUUCCGAGACACGGCGGUCAGCGCCAGGAACGUCACCAGUUGCUACAACAACUUUGCCCUCUCCCACAAUUACACCAGUGAGGAGAGUCGGACGCUGUGGAGGAGGAGGCACAAGGCCAUGAUUGUGGCCCGGUUCCUGUUUGGGUUCCUCCUGCCCGCCACGGUGAUUGUGGUCUGCCAUGGCAUGGUGGCUUUCCGGUUGCAGCGCCGGCGCCUGGCCAGGUCCCCCAGGCCCUUCCGGAUCAUCGUGGCCGUCACGGCCACCUUCUUCCUCUGCUACUCCCCCUACCACACGCUUUCCCUGCUGGAGAUGGCCAAGGCGUCCGGCAGCCCGGCGGUCAAGAGGGCGCUGCACCUGGGCGUCCCGCUGGCCUCCAGCCUGGCCUUCUUCAACAGCUGCCUCAACCCCCUCCUCUACGUCUUCGUGGGGCAGAAGAGCUUCCGGCGGUCCAUCCGGGGGGCCUUUGAGGGGGCCUUCGGGGAGGACUCCAUCCUGUCCUUGUCCAGCCGGAGGAAGUCAAGGGCCGUCUCCCAGACAGAGAUCCACACGGUUUAG